AUGGAGUCAUGUCCAGUUGAACCAGGAUUUUAUUUCAUCAAAGAUUACAAUGUCGUUGAAAGAUUGAUGCCAUACGCAAUAGCAGAAACCAAAAUUGUUAUUGUAGCAGAAGUAAAAACAAAAAUUAUUGGGAAAAUGGUUGAUUUAGGCAAUUUGAAAAUUCACUAUGAAAUUAAAACUCUUGAAAAAUUGGAAAGAGAAAGAAAAAGACAAAAAUAA